AUGCCGCACAACCCGACCAAAGAAGGCGCUAAAGCUCUCAUGGAUACCGCUCCUGGACCAAAACCAACAACGGCUCUCUGUGACCAUGACCGGGCGUGUGGAAGAGGCUUUACUUGCGAUCGACACUUCGGUCUGUGUGUGCCUUUGAGAGGAGAAGGACACUACUGCAGGAGAGACGCCCAGUGUGUACGAGGCCUCAGCUGCAUGUUUGGGAAAUGCCACCGCAGCAUUCCCAACGGACAAGAAGGCGCCAGGUGUAAAGUGGACCGAGACUGCGGAGCGUCCAUGUGCUGCGCCCGACACCACGGAGAGCUGGUCUGCAAGAGGCGGCUCAUCCGAGGGGAGAGCUGCUACGUCCCCGAUGGAGGGCUUGCCUUUAGCAUCAACCAAAUCUGCCCCUGCGACGACGGACUGCUGUGUCGCGAAAACACGGCGCCCCACUGGAGAGAGAGGGAGUUCAUCUACCAACUGGAGCGGCCAACCUGGUCCUGUCAGAUUCCCCGAUCGUAA